CGCCGCUGCGGGUCGCGGAGACUCGCGCGCUCUCCAGCUCCACCGCCGCCGCCGCCGCCAGUCGGGCUCCUCCGCCUCCUCCUCCUCAGCCCCGCCGGCGUCGACAUUUCCAGCCGCUGCUCGCCGCGAUGGCAGGGACCAUAAAGGGACAGAAGGUGUGCAGGACCUAAAGGACCUCCUGAUACGACUCUUCUGUGGUGCUUUCCUUCUUACUGAAAACUCAGCGUCUGCCCAUAUACCUUAGUCACCCAUUCAAUUUUCUGAGUAUCCUGGAAAACCAUGGGGAUUGGCAAAAACACUACUUCGAAAUCCGUAGAAACUGGAAACCCAGCAGAGGCCAAGUAUGAAGAUGAAGCCAAGCACACAGCUUUCUUUACGUUGCCAGUUGCAAUAAGUGGAGGAGCAACCUCAAGUGGCGAUCAAGAUACAGAAGACACAGAACUUAUGGCAAUCUAUACCACAGAAAAUGGAAUUGCAGAAAAGAGUUCUUUGGCAGAAACCCUCGACAGCAGUGGAAGCUCAGACGUACAAAGAACGGACAUGAUCUACACCAUUGAGGAUGUCCCACCCUGGUAUCUCUGCAUAUUCUUGGGGUUACAGCAUUACCUGACCUGUUUCAGCGGCACCAUAGCAGUGCCCUUCUUGCUAGCAGAUGCCAUGUGUGUUGGAGAUGAUCAGUGGGCCACCAGCCAGUUGAUUGGAACCAUAUUUUUCUGUGUUGGAAUCACAACUUUGUUGCAAACAACAUUUGGGUGCAGCUGUGAUGGCUACAAACGGAACCUCGGAGCUGCUGAGCACAGAACAUAUCUGGUACCCCAGAAUACGAGAGAUCCAAGGUGCUAUUAUCAUGUCUUCUUUGAUAGAAGUGGUCAUUGGGUUCCUGGGGCUGCCCGGAGCACUCCUGCGAUACAUUGGACCUCUGACUAUCACACCCACGGUAGCUCUCAUUGGGCUCUCCGGGUUCCAGGCUGCAGGCGAGAGAGCAGGCAAACACUGGGGCAUAGCCAUGCUGACUAUUUUCUUAGUGCUGUUGUUUUCUCAGUAUGCCCGAAAUGUCAAAUUACCGUUACCCAUUUACAAGUCCAAAAAAGGAUGGACUGCCUAUCGCUUGCAGCUGUUUAAAAUGUUUCCGAUCAUUCUAGCCAUCCUGGUUUCUUGGCUGCUCUGUUUCAUCUUUACUGUGACAGAUGUCUUUACGCCCGAUAAGACUAAGUACGGAUUCUACGCUCGCACGGAUGCCAGGCAAGGAGUUCUCCUGGUAGCUCCCUGGUUCAAGAUCCCAUAUCCCUUUCAGUGGGGAUUACCAACCAUUUCAGCUGCCGGUGUGAUUGGGAUGCUCAGCGCUGUGGUUGCUAGCAUUAUUGAAUCCAUUGGUGAUUAUUACGCCUGUGCAAGAUUAUCUUGUGCUCCUCCACCACCCAUCCAUGCAAUAAACAGGGGCAUUUUCAUAGAAGGCCUUUCCUGUGUCUUAGAUGGAGUAUUUGGCACCGGAAAUGGGUCGACUUCUUCUAGUCCUAACAUUGGAGUUUUGGGAAUCACAAAGGUUGGAAGCCGACGAGUUAUCCAGUAUGGAGCUGCUUUCAUGCUGCUUCUUGGAACGGUUGGGAAAUUUAGUGCCCUGUUUGCAUCUCUUCCAGAUCCAGUGCUCGGAGCUCUGUUUUGUACUCUCUUUGGAAUGAUCACUGCAGUUGGACUUUCAAACCUGCAAUUCAUUGAUCUGAAUUCUUCUCGGAACCUUUUUGUUCUUGGAUUUUCUAUCUUCUUUGGGCUGGUGCUCCCAAGUUACCUUCGGCAAAACCCACUUUUUACAGGAAUCGUCAGCAUCGAUCAAGUCCUAAACGUCUUGCUGACGACCGCCAUGUUUGUCGGUGGCUGUGUGGCCUUUAUUCUAGAUAACACCAUUCCAGGAAGCCCAGAGGAAAGAGGGAUCCGGAAGUGGAAGAAGGGCUCAGGCAAGGGCAGGAAAUCGCUGGAAGGCCUGGAAAGCUACGACUUGCCCUUCGGCAUGGAGUUCAUCAAGAAGUAUCGGUGCUUCAGCUUCCUGCCCAUCAGCCCCACCUUCCUGGGCUAUAGCUGGAAAGGCUUCCGGAAAGGCAGCAACUGCGGGGCCUCGGAGGACGAUUCGGCGGCCACCGUAUAGCCCCGGCUGGACCUCGGUCUCUUGGGCAUCGUAACAGAACCUUGUGCAGUUUCUUCUCGCUAUUUUACUGUGUCGUAUUGUAUUGUAUUUUUAUUUUUAUUAUUUUGUAUAUUUGCAUUUUUAAAUCCUGGAAACUUAGAGCUGAGGCAGGUGAUUAAAAGAAAGAAAAAAUAGCUUUCCCUUAAUUGUAGACGGUGGUAUUUGUGUGGGCAUUCAGAAGGAGCAGAAAAAGAAUCCUUGGGGAGCUUAUGUGCUUUCGUAUUUGGCAUAAGUGCUUUUCCUUUAGAAACAACCCCGUGAAAAUGGUUAAAUAGCCUGCUCAGGCAGGCUGAAUUUAUCCUGUUUGCAGGUUCUACAUUCCAUUUACUUUUUAAGUCUGCAUCACCUUAACCCUGCACAAGGCAUUGGUAUUAUUUAUAUAAAAAUUGUUGCAGCAGAACCUAUUAUGGUAAAUCAGGACCCGCGGUGGAGGGGUAUUUCCGGGGGUGGGGUUUAGGGUUGGGGGCAGGCAGGCAACCAGAAUUUGCUCCCAUGACCAGCUAGAACUGGGGUCCCCAAAUUUGGCCACUUGAAGACUGGUGGACUUCAACUCUCAGCUGUGGAAUUGAAAUCCACAAGUGUUAAAGUGGCC